GCAAAACGUUCGAAGAAUCUAUUGAAAGUCUUACUGGAAAAAGAAUCGGAUUAGAUUUGUCAAUUUGGGAGACCGCAUUUUGUAUGGUUUACUUGGAAACCUUUUUUAAUGAUUACCAUAACAAAUGGAAACAUGUUUAUAAAAAAGCGAAAGAGUGGAUUGAUGACAAUUCGUCGAAAGAGUGGAUUGAUGAUAAACUCGCUCUUUUCAAAAUCCAAUUUGAUCAAUUAAAAGGUACUUGUAUGGAUCACUUGAUCGAACUUGGUAUAAAAUUCUAUAAUAAGCCAAUGAUCCUUCACACGUUUGAAAUAAACGAUGAUGAAUUGGAACCUGUUUAUAGAACUCUCAAAGAUCAAAAUGAUAUCAAUCGCUUACUCAAAUCUAUAUUGGAAAAUGAUAGUGUUGUUAGUGUCGCUUCUGGAAAUUUUAAAAUUACGUUUGAUUAUAAAACCCUUGAAACUCUUAAGUCAUAUAUCGAUGCUUGGGGUGCGAGACGUUUUGAUAAAGAG